AUGCGCCGAGACCACCCGCAAGGCCCCAAGGUCACCCGCAAGAAGAAGGACCCCAACGCCCCCAAGCGUGGUCUGUCCGCCUACAUGUUCUUUGCCAACGACAACCGCGAGAAGGUCCGCGAGGAGAACCCCGGCAUCACCUUCGGCCAAGUCGGCAAGACGCUCGGCGACAAGUGGAAGAACUUGAGUGAAACCCAGCGUAAGCCUUACGACGAGAAGGCCGCCGCCGACAAGAAGCGUUACGAGGAGGAGAAGAAGGUUUACCAGGCCCAGGGUGAGGAAGAGGAGGAGGAGUCGUCCUAA